CCGGUGCCGCACAAUUGCAGAUUCACCAUGGCGGCGAGGCUGAAAGAGACGGCGGGCAUGUACGAGCAGCUGAAGGCAGAGUGGAACAAAAAAACCCCAAAUUUAAACAAAUGCGGAGACAUCCUGGCGAAACUCAAGAUCUCUCUCCUGGAACUGAACUUCCUUCCGACCACAGGGACGAAGCUGAGCAAGCAACAGCUGAUUCUCGCCCGUGAUGUUCUGGAGAUCGGCGCUCAGUGGAGCAUCCUGAAGAAGCUUAUCCCCUCCUUCGAGAGGUAUAUGGCUCAGCUCAUGUGCUACUACUUCGACUACAAGGAUGAGCUCCCAGACUCUGCCUAUAAGCACCAGCUGCUGGGUCUGAACCUGCUGUUCCUGCUGUCUCAGAACCGCGUGGCCGAGUUCCACACAGAGCUGGAGCGGCUCAGUGCCAAGGAGAUCCAGAGCAACGUGUACAUCAAGCACCCCGUCUCCCUGGAGCAGUACCUCAUGGAGGGCAGCUAUAACAAGGUGUUCCUGGCCAAGGGGAAUAUCCCAGCUGAGAGCUACACCUUCUUCAUAGACAUCCUGCUGGACACCAUCCGGGACGAGAUCGCCGGCUGCAUCGAGAAGGCCUAUGAAAAAAUCCUCUUCAGUGAAGCCACCAGAGUCCUGUUCUUCAGCUCCCCCAAGAAGAUGACUGACUACGCCAAGAAGCGCUCCUGGCUCCUGGGCCCCAAUAGUUACUACACGUUUGGCAGCCAGCAGCAGAAGCAGGAGGAGUCGAGCAUCCCCUCCACAGAGCUGGCUCAGCAGGUCAUCGAGUAUGCCAGGCAACUGGAAAUGAUCGUCUGAGAGACUCCCUCCCAUCCUCUCCCUCUCCUCUCUCGCUACUCUCCUCCCUCCCAUUCUCUCCCUCUCCUCCCUCCCAUUCUCUCCCUCUCCUCCCUCCC